AUGGGAACAGGGAGUUCCAGAUGCUCUGGGGGACAGUUCCGAUGUGACAGUGGGCGUUGCAUUCCAGCUCAUUGGAGGUGUGAUGGAACAGCUGACUGCUCUGAUAAUUCUGAUGAAAAAGACUGCCCACGUCGCACUUGUGAUGGAAAUCAGUUUCAGUGUCACAGUGAUGGAGAAUGCAUUCCUCGGGGCUAUGUUUGUGAUGACGAGGAAGACUGUGAUGAUGGGAGUGAUGAACAGCAUUGCCCUGGAAGAACAUGUAGAUCUGAUCAGUUCACUUGCUCCAAUGGACAGUGCAUCCCUGGCCAGUAUAGAUGCGAUAGAGCAAAUGACUGCACCGAUGGAAGUGACGAGAGAAACUGCCAAUAUCCUGUCUGCACUGAACUCACGUGUGCAAAUGGAGCCUGUUACAAUCAAAGCCAGAGAUGUGAUGAAAUAAAUAACUGCAGAGAUGGAUCAGAUGAAGCUAACUGUACUCAACAGUGUCAGAAUAGUCAGUUUCAUUGCGCUAAUGGAGAAUGCAUUCCACGUGCCUACAUAUGUGACCAUGAUGAUGACUGUGGAGACAGAAGUGAUGAACAGAACUGCACUUAUCCAACUUGCAAAGGAAACUUCUUUACGUGUCCCAGUGGCCGCUGCAUUAUCCAGAGCUGGGUUUGUGAUGGGGAUGAUGACUGUGAUGAUAAUGAAGAUGAAAGGGGAUGCACUACUGAACAGCUGGAGUGCUACCCUGGGGAAUGGGCUUGUCCUUCGUCACAGCACUGCAUUGCUGUUGCAAAGCUGUGUGACGGAACACGAGAUUGUCCAUUAGGGGAUGAUGAAACAAACUCAACAGCUGGCACAAACUGCAGCAUAGCUGCAUGUCCAAGCUUAAGCUGUGAAUACCGUUGCCAUCCUUCACCGUUUGGGGGUGUCUGUUACUGCCCAGCAGGUUAUGUAGUUAGUGAUACCAAUAACCGCUCCUGCAUUGAUUUUGAUGAUUGUAAGAUGUGGGGUGUCUGUGACCAGAUAUGUGAAGAUCGAACUGGAAGCCAUCAUUGCAGCUGUGUGGAAGGCUACUUUUUGGAACACCACAAACACUGUAGAGCUAACACUUCCUCUGGAGUAGCUUCGCUUAUCUUUUCUAAUGGUCGUGACUUGUUGAUUGGUGAUAUUCACGGACAUAGUCUCCGUACACUGGUACAAUCUCAGAACCGUGGUGCUGCUGUUGGGGUUGACUUUCACUUUUCUUUACACAGGGUCUUCUGGACUGAUACUGUUCAAAAUAAGGUGUUUUCAGUCGAUAUUUCUGGUUCGAAUAUUCAGGAAGUGUUAAAUGUAUCACUUGACACUCCUGAGAAUUUAGCUGUCGACUGGAUAAAUAAUAAACUGUAUGUGAUAGAGACUGCAGUGGACAGAAUAGACCUAGUUGACCUGAAUGGAAAUAAUCGAGUGACACUUAUUACAGAGAAUCUUAGUAACCCUCGUGGAAUUGCAUUGGAUCCAACUGUAGGUUACAUGUUUUUCUCUGACUGGGACAGUCUUUCUGGGGAUCCCAAACUGGAACGAGCAUUUAUGGAUGGUACCAACCGGAUAGACCUGGUUAAGACAAAGUUGGGCUGGCCUGCUGGAAUUGCAUUAGAAAUUGUGACAAAGAGAGUUUACUGGGUAGAUAGUCGAUAUGAUUAUAUUGAAACAGUAACGUAUGAUGGACUGCAGAGGAAAACAGUUAUACGUGGAGGAUCAUUAAUUCCGCACCCCUUUGGGAUAACGUUAUUUGAAAAUAACGUGUAUUACACUGAUUGGACCAAGCUGGCAGUCAUGAAGGCUAACAGAUUUUCAGAAAGAAACCCACAGGUGUUGUUUCAAGUUACCUUGAGGCCUUAUGGUGUGACACUGUAUCAUGGUGUUAAGCAACCAUAUGUGACAAACCCUUGUCAAAACAACAAUGGUGGCUGUGAACAGAUAUGUGUGCUGAGUCAUAGGACAGACAACAAUGGCUUGGGCUACCGUUGCAAGUGCAGACUUGGAUUUGACCUUCAAGGGGAUGGCAGACACUGUGUUGCUGUAAGUCAGUUUCUGCUGUUUUCAUCCCAGAUGGCAAUACGAGGAAUCCCUUUCAAUGUCUCAGCUCAAGAAGAUGUCAUACUUCCUGUAACAGGAAGCCCCUCCUUCUAUGUUGGAAUUGAUUUUCAUGCAGAAACCCAAACAAUAUUUUAUUCAGAUAUCGACAGAGAUAUGAUUUUCAAACAGAAACUUGAUGGAACUGGUCAUGAAAUCUUAACUGCCAAUAGAGCUGAAGCUGUGGAAGAUCUUGCUUUUGACUGGAUUUCUAAGAACCUUUACUGGACAGAUAUACGAUUCCACAGCAUCUCUGUUAUGAAGCUGUCUGACAAAUCAAGAAGAGCGAUUGUAACAAAUUUAAAUACUCCACGGUCAAUAGUGGUGCACCCUGUCAUUGGAUAUAUUUUCUGGACAGACUGGUACAGACCUGCCAAAAUCAUGAGGGCCUGGGGAGAUGGAUCGCAUUCUGUGCCUUUAAUUAACACAACUCUCGGAUGGCCAAAUGGAUUAGCCAUUGACUGGAGCUCCUUAAGACUGUACUGGGUCGAUGCCUUCUUUGAUAAAAUUGAGCAUAGUACGUUUGACGGUUUAGACAGACAGAAUCUUGGACGCAUCAGCCAGAUGUCACAUCCCUUUGGUCUCACAAUAUUUGGAGGUUAUGCAUACUACACAGACUGGAGGCUUGGAGGAAUUGUACGAGUACGGAAAACUGAUGGAGGAGAGAUGACAGUCAUUCGUAGAGGGAUAAGGAAUAUUAUGCAUGUGAAAUCUUUUGCUGCCAGUGUUCAGACUGGAUCAAAUUCUUGCAACAGGCACUUAAACCCCAAUGGUGACUGCAGCCACUUUUGUUUCCCAGUGCCUAAUUUUCAGCGAGUGUGUGGCUGUCCAUAUGGUAUGAAACUGGAUUCUACUAAUCAAGCUUGUGUUGCAGAUCCAUCAAAUGAACCUCCCACACUGCAGUGUGGCUCCAACUCAUUUCCUUGUGCCAAUGGGAGAUGUGUACCCAUGUACUUUCAUUGUGAUGGGGUCAAUGAUUGCCAUGAUAAUAGCGAUGAACGUGGCUGUGGAGUUCCAAAUAAUACCUGCUCCUCAACAGCUUUUACUUGUGCCAAUCAUCAAUGUAUUCCUGGGUCAUGGCACUGUGAUGGGCACAGUGACUGUAUAGAUGGAAGUGAUGAACAAAACUGCCCCACUCAGGGUUCCACAUCCUGUGCUCUGAACAUGUUUACAUGUACCAAUGGUCAUUGUAUCCCCCCGAACUGGCUUUGUGACACUGAUAAUGAUUGUGGAGAUGGAUCCGAUGAAAUUAACUGCAAUUUCACUAGUACUUGCCAACCUACUCAGUUCCAGUGUCCUGACCACCGCUGUAUUGAUCCAGCGUACGUGUGUGAUGGUGAUAGUGACUGUGUGGAUGGGGCUGAUGAGCAAAACUGUGUUUACAACUGUACAGCAUUUCAGUUCAAGUGUGCAAACGGCCGGCAGUGCAUAAUCAGUAAUUAUCGAUGUGAUGGAGUGUUCGACUGCAAUGACAACUCAGAUGAAUUUGGUUGUCCCACCAGACCACCUGGAAUGUGUCAUCAAGAUGAAUUUCAAUGCCAAUCAGAUGGUGCCUGCAUUCCUAUCAGAUGGGAAUGUGAUCGACAUCCUGAUUGUGUUGAUGGAUCAGAUGAACAUAAUAGCUGUCCAAUCAGGACUUGCUCACCUUCUACCUUUCGAUGUGACAAUGGAAACUGCAUCUAUCGUGGCUGGAUCUGUGAUGGGGAUAACGACUGUAGGGAUAUGAGUGAUGAGAGAGACUGCCCGACACAACCUUUCCGCUGUCCCAGUCAGCAGUGGCAGUGUCCGGACUACAGCAUCUGCCUGGAGCUGAGCAAAGUCUGUGAUAAUAAUCCAGAUUGUCCCAAUGGGGCUGAUGAGUCACCACUGUGCAAUGAAGAAAGCUGUCAAACAAACAAUGCUGGCUGUACCCAUGGAUGCAUUCAAGGACCAUUUGGUGCCCAGUGCACAUGCCCAGUAGGAUAUCAACUCUCAAAUGAUUCAAAGACAUGCAAUGACAUUAAUGAAUGUGAUACUCCAGGAUUCUGCAGCCAGAUCUGUUUUAAUGAAAGGGGAUCCUUUAGAUGCCACUGUGAUACAGGUUACAUUUUGGAACCUGACGGCAAGACCUGCAAAGCUUCAGGAUUAAAGGAAGCACUACUUUUUGUGGCAAGUCGUAACCAGAUUGUUAUGGAUAAUAUUACUGCUCAACCUAAUGUAAUACAAUCAGUAGUGCGAGAUGGAAGGACUAUAGUUGCUGUUGAUUUUGAUUCUGUUACUGAUCGCAUCUACUGGUCUGACAUAACACAGGAUAAGGUUUGGAGUGCUUUCCAAAAUGGAACAGACAGACAACUUAUAUUUGACAGCGGUGUGACAGUAACUGAAAGCAUAGCAGUGGACUGGGUUGGUCGUAAUCUGUACUGGACAGACUACAUUCUGGAAACCAUAGAGGUAUCAAGACUGGAUGGUAGUCAUAGGGCUGUCCUUAUCAGUGAAAAUGUGACUAAUCCACGUGCACUAGUGCUAGAUCCUAGAAAUGAUGCACACGUGAUGUUCUGGACUGACUGGGGCAGAAAUCCUCGGAUUGAAAGAGCAAGUAUGGAUGGCAAGAUGCGGACUGUGAUUGUCAGCAACAAAAUCUACUGGCCUAAUGGCCUCAGCAUUGAUUACCCCACUAAGCUACUGUUUUUUGCUGAUGCCUACCUAGAUUUUAUUGAUUACUGUGACUACAAUGGGAACAACAGAAAACAAGUUCUGGCUAGCGAUUUGAUAUUACAACAUCCUCAUGCUUUAACCAUUUUUGAGGAUUUUGUUUAUUGGACUGAUAGAUACACCCACCGAGUUAUUCGAGCCAAUAAAUGGCAUGGAGAAAAUCAGACUGUAAUGAUUUAUAAUAUUGUACAACCAAUGGGAAUUGUGGCUUCUCAUCCAGCCAGACAACCUCCAGGUUUGAAUUUGUGCUCAUCAACCCCCUGUAGUCACCUGUGCCUGCUGUCUUCCUUGGGUCCAGCGUUUUACUCAUGUGUUUGUCCUUCAGGAUGGACUCUUAUGUUAGACUUGGUGAACUGCAAAAGAGAUGAAGACCCAUUCCUCCUAGUUGUGCGAAACACCAUUAUUUUUGGCAUGUCCCUGAAUCCCGAGGAUAAGAGCAAUGAUGCCAUGAUCCCCAUAGCUGGAGUACAGAAUGGUAUUGAUGUAGAAUUUGAUGAUUCAGAGCAAUGGAUCUACUGGGCUGAAAAUCCAGGAGAAAUUCACAGAGUGAAGGCAGAUGGCACUGAAAGGGAAACAUUUGUUCCUGCAACCAUUUUGGGUUAUCCAAUGGGCCUGGCUGUGGACUGGAUAUCUAAAAACUUAUAUUAUACUAACACUGUUUCCAGAACUAUUGAGAUGCUGAAAUUACAUGGAGACAUAAAGUAUAGAAAAACCAUAGUUGCUGACAAUGGUACACCACAAGGUGCUGGUAGACCUUUAGGAAUAGCCCUUGAUCCAUCACGAGGGAAAAUGUACUGGACAGACAUUGGGACAAUUAAUGGUGUUCCAGAAAAGAUCAGUGGUGCUGACAUGGAUGGUUCCAACUUGGUUAACCUUUUUACUGGUAACCUGGACCACGUGGAGUUUAUUACCAUCGAUAUUGCAGAGCAGAAACUGUACUGGGCUGUUACAUCUACUGGAGUGAUUGAAAGAGGAAAUGUUGAUGGGACCAACCGAGUGACCCUGGUAAGCCAGCUGUCUCAUCCUGUGGGACUUGCUGUUCAUGGCUCCUUUCUCUAUGUGGCUGAUCGAGAUUAUGAGGCUAUUGAAAGGUUUGACAAGAAUACUGGAGCGAACAAGGUAGUAAUGCGAGACAAUGUUCCACGACUCAACUGUAUAAAAGUCCACUACAGAGACACAUCAGCAGGCAGUGACAAUGGCUGCAGUAACAAUGCUGGAGUUUGUGAACAGAUCUGCCUUCCUAAGCCAGGUAAUCAGUUCACUUGUGGCUGUGGGACAGGCUUCCGCCUUAACCCUGACAACAGGACGUGUUUACCGUAUGAUUCAUUUAUUGUCAUCUCCACACUCAAGGCAGUCAGAGGAUUAAGCAUGGAUCCCUCAGAUCAUUCAGAGACCAUGGUACCAUCAGCAGGAAGAACUCGUAAUGCACUACAUGUAGAUGUUCAUGUAGCCUCUGGAUUUAUUUAUUGGUGUGACUUCAACAGCACAGUGGCUUCUCAGAAUGCCAUACGUAGAGCGAAACCAAAUGGUUCCUAUUUAAGAAAUGUUGUUUCGAGCGGAAUAGGGAGGAAUGGAAUCCGUGGCAUUGCAGUUGAUUGGGCAGCAGGAAAUUUGUACUUCACAAAUGCUUUUACAUCUGAAACAUUUGUAGAAGUUAUACGGCUCAACACCUCUUACCGUCGUGUACUGAUUAAGACCACAAUAGAUAUGCCAAGACAUAUUGUAGUUGAUCCAAGGAACAGAUACCUCUUUUGGGCAGAUUAUGGACAGAAUCCAAAGAUUGAGCGUGCUUUUCUUGAUGGCACUAACAGAACAGUUCUUGUAUCAGAAGGGAUUUUGACACCUCGUGGCUUGGCUUUGGAUUACACCAAUGGCUAUGUUUACUGGGUUGAUGACUCUCUGGAUAUGAUUGCUCGGAUACGACCAGAAGGUGGAGAAACUGAAAUUGUGCGAUAUGGCAAUCGCUACCCAACUCCAUUUGGUAUUACAAUAUUUGAGGAUAGUAUGAUCUGGGUAGACAGAAAUCUCAAAAAGAUCUUUAAAGCUAGUAAACUUCCUGGGAACACUAGCCCACCUUUAGUAAUCAGAGACAAUGUUAACCAGCUUCGAGACGUGGCUGUGUUUGACAGACGAAUUCAACCACGAUCCCAGCAACAACUCAAUAACAACCCAUGCUUGCAGCUUAAUGGAGGCUGUUCACAUCUGUGUUUUGCUUUUCCAGGCAUUCAGACACGAAAGUGUGGAUGUGCAUAUGGCACACUGCAAAGUGAUGGUAGAAGUUGCUUUAUAUCAACGAAUGACAUCUUAAUAUAUGCUACUGAGAAUUCCUUGCGAAGUCUUCAUUUGGAUCCAGAGAACCAUGCUCUGCCUUUUCCUGUAAGAACUGUUGCACGAACUGCUGUGGCUCUGGACUAUGACAGUACAGACAAAAGAAUUUACUUUACACAAAGUAUGGGACCAGGACGCAGCAGAAUCAGUUACCUUAGUUUAACUGCAGUCAUGAGGGCGCCAGUUGUUGUGGCAUCAGACCUAGGUGCACCUGAUGGCAUUGCAUUUGACUGGAUCAACAACAGGAUCUAUUAUAGUGACUAUCUUAAUCAGACAAUCAACUCAAUGGCUGUGGAUGGUUCCAACCGUACUGUGAUUGCACGAGUUCCAAGGCCCAGGGCCAUUAUGGUGGACCCCUGCAGAGGGUAUAUGUAUUGGACUGACUGGAGUACAGAUGCCAAAAUCGAACGAGCCACACUUGCAGGGAACUUCAGAACAGUUAUCGUUAACACCAGUUUAGUGUGGCCCAAUGGACUCACCUUGGACUAUGAUGACGAACGAUUGUAUUGGGCGGAUGCUAACCUGCAGAAGAUUGAACGCUGUUCUGUCACCGGCUCAAAUCGAGAAGUUAUUGUCAGCACUGCAAUCUACCCAUUUGCUUUAACAAUAUAUGAUCAACACAUUUACUGGACAGACUGGAACACCAGAUCUGUUUACAGGGCCAAUAAAUAUGAUGGCUCAGAUCAAAUUGUUAUGGUCCAAAACCUGCCUCAACGACCAAUGGACAUUCACAUUCUUUCUGACAGCAAGCAACAGCAGUGUACAAACCCUUGUGAUCAGUUCAAUGGUGGUUGUAGUCACAUCUGUGCACCAGGACCAAGUGGUGCUGAGUGUCAGUGUCCUUCUGUGGGUCACUGGUACUUGGCAAAUGGCAAUAAGCACUGCAUUGUGGAGAAUGGAACACGUUGUGAAGAAGGGAAAUUUACUUGUCUAAAUGGGCGCUGCAUUCCAGACAGAUGGAAAUGUGACAAUGAUAAUGACUGUUUGGAUGGAAGUGAUGAACUUGAGAGUGUUUGUGCUUUCCACACGUGCCCAUUAACAGCCUUUACAUGUGGAAAUGGAAGAUGUGUGUCAUACCACUAUCGUUGUGAUCACUAUAAUGACUGUAAUGACAACAGUGAUGAGGAGGGAUGUACAUUUCCAACCUGCAAUCCCGCCACGCAGUUUGCCUGCAAUAAUGGAAGAUGUAUUGCUCGGGAAUAUGUCUGCAAUGGUGUCAACAACUGCUUUGACAAUGGCACUACUGAUGAGCGAAACUGCCCUGAUCGCACUUGUCAGCCUGGAUUCACGAAAUGUGAGAGCGUUAAUAUCUGCAUCCCUCGAACAUAUCUCUGUGAUGGUGACAAUGACUGUGGCGAUAUGAGUGAUGAAAGUCCCACUCACUGUGCUGCACAGACCUGUGUGGAAAAUGAAUUCCGAUGUACAAAUGGUCGCUGCAUUCCUUCUCAUUGGUUCUGUGAUGGCGAUCGUGACUGUGCUGACAGAUCAGAUGAACCACCUUCUUGUGAGCCUCCAGCACAGAGGACAUGUGCAAGUGAUCAGUUCAGGUGUGAUGACAGCAGGUGUAUACCUGCAAGCUGGACUUGUGAUGGCGACAAUGACUGUGGAGACAUGAGUGAUGAAGAUCAAAGGCACAAUUGUGGAAAUCGUAAUUGUUCAGCUUCAGAAUUCACAUGCAUAAAUAACCGACCACCACAGAGGAGAUGCAUCCCCCAAGGCUGGGUGUGUGAUGGAGAUGCUGACUGCACCGAUGCAUAUGAUGAGCAUCAGAACUGCACCCGAAGAUCAUGCAGCGAAGGCGAAUUUACAUGUGCCAAUGGGCUGUGUAUCAGGAACUCUUUCAGGUGUGACAGGCGUAAUGACUGUGGGGACAGCAGUGAUGAGAGAGGAUGCACAUAUCCAUCAUGUCAGCAACAUCAGUUCACUUGUCAGAAUGGUCGCUGUAUCUCAAAGGCAUAUGUUUGUGAUGGUGACAAUGACUGUGGUGAUGAUUCUGAUGAGACAGAUCACCUUUGUCUUACUCCAGAAGCUACAUGCCCCCCCAACUAUUUCAAAUGUGAAAAUGGCAAUUGCAUUGAGCAGGGAAAGGUCUGUGACCGAAUGGAUGACUGCUCUGAUAACAGCGAUGAAAGAGGAUGUGGCAUUAAUGAAUGCAGUGACCCAUCAAUCAACAGAUGUGCACAACAAUGCAGAGACACUCAGACAAGCUUCUACUGUUCAUGCAAUGUGGGAUAUCGCCUGCUACCUGAUAAGGAGAACUGUGAAGAUAUUGAUGAAUGCAAUGAAACUCCAAGUGUAUGUAGCCAAAUCUGUGAAAAUACAGUCGGGUCCUUUAUCUGUAAAUGUGCCCCAGGUUAUAUCCGUGAACCAGAUGGGAGACACUGUCGACAAAUCAGCAGUAUUAUGCCAUAUCUUAUUUUCAGUAAUCGCUACUAUCUACGUAAUCUGACUGUAGAUGGGCUUUCAUAUUCACUUAUUUUCCAGGGGUUGACCAAUGUGGUGGCACUGGAUUUUGACAGAGUGGAAAGGAGGCUUUACUGGACUGACAUGGGAAGAAGGGUGAUUGAAAGAAUGUUUUUGAAUGGGACAAACAGAGAAACAAUUAUUAGUCAUGAUCUGCCACAUGGUGAAGGCUUAGCAGUUGACUGGAUUGGCAGAAAGAUAUACUGGGUUGAUGCAUAUAAAGACUGUUUGAAUGUGGCUGAACUUGAUGGAAGGUUCCGGAAGAAAUUGGUUGAUCACUGUGUAGAUGUGAACAAGACAUACUGCUUUGAGUAUCCUAGGGCCGUUGCCCUUCAUCCUAAGUAUGGAUAUGUUUAUUGGACAGAUUGGGGCUACAAUGCCUACAUUGGACGGGCAGGCAUGGAUGGUGGUAAUAAGACAGCAAUAAUUACCACCAAAUUGGAAUGGCCUAAUGGGCUGACAAUCGACUACACAAAUGACCAUAUUUACUGGGCAGAUGCACACCUGAACUAUAUUGAGUACUGUGACCUAGAGGGACGCCACAGGCAUACAGUAUAUACAAAUCUGCCUCAUCCGUUUGCUAUGACCCUGUUUGAAGAUACUAUCUACUGGACAGACUGGAAUACUAGAACAGUAGAGAAAGGAAACAAAUAUGACGGUUCUGGAAGAGAAGUACUGGUGAAUACAACACACAGGCCUUUUGACAUUCAUGUUUACCAUCCUUAUAGACAACCUAUAGUAACCAACCCCUGUGGAGCUAACAAUGGUGGCUGCUCCCAUCUUUGUCUAAUUAAAGCUGGUGGCCAAGGCUAUACUUGCGAGUGCCCUGACAACUUCUUGACAGUGCAAAUCGGUGGUGUUGGUCAUUGCCUGCCAAUGUGCUCCAGCACUCAGUACAGAUGUACAAAUAAUGAACGGUGUAUUCCUAUCUGGUGGAAAUGUGAUGGCCGGCGAGAUUGCACAGAUGGCUCGGAUGAGCCCCCUACUUGCACACAUCGCUACUGUCAGGUUGGACAAUUUCAGUGUAAUGAUGGAAACUGCACAAGUCCCUACUUACUUUGUAAUGGUGUUCCAGACUGCCAUGAUGGAUCUGAUGAAGACAUGGUACUUUGCAUGAAUCACCAGUGUGACACCCAUCAAUGGCAGUGCAACAACAAACGCUGUAUCCCAGAAGCCUGGCAGUGUGAUGGUAGCAAUGACUGUGGUGACAACUCUGAUGAGGACCCCACGCACUGUGCCACUCGGACAUGCCGCCCAGGCCAGUUUAAGUGUAACAAUGGCCACUGCAUCCCGCAGACAUGGAAGUGUGAUGUGGAUAAUGACUGUGGGGACCAUUCAGAUGAACCGUACGAUGAGUGCAUGGGGCCUGCCUAUCGUUGUGACAACCAUACAGAUUUUAGUUGCAGGACUAACUAUCGCUGUAUACCUACUUGGGCAGUAUGCAAUGGGUAUGACGACUGCAGAGAUAACAGUGAUGAGCAAGGCUGUGCUGAACUGACCUGUGAUCCACUGGGAGAUUUCCGCUGUAACAACCAUCGAUGUAUCCCACUCCGCUGGAGAUGUGAUGGAGAUGAUGACUGCAGAGACGGGUCCGAUGAACUUAACUGUAGUCCACGGCAGUGUACGGAAAGUGAAUUCAGGUGUGCCAAUCUGCGCUGUAUUCCAGGUCGUUGGGUAUGUGACCAUGACAAUGACUGUGAGGAUAACUCUGAUGAACAUGACUGUGAAUUCCGUACUUGCCUCCCUGGGUAUUUUCAGUGUAGCAGUGGCCACUGUGUUGCAGAGAGGUUCAGAUGUGAUGGAAAUGCAGAUUGCCGUGACUUCUCUGAUGAAAUAACUUGCCCUACACGCUAUCCUAAUGGUACCUACUGUCCCCCGUUCUUAUUUGAGUGCAACAACCAUGCCUGUGUUCAGCCACAGUGGAGGUGUGAUGGUGACAACGACUGUGGCGACGACUCAGAUGAACAGCUUCACCUUUGCUUGGAGAUACCUUGUGAUGCACCAUUCCGCUUCCGUUGUGCUAAUAACCGUUGCAUCUAUAGUCAUGAACUCUGUAAUGGCCUCGAUGACUGCAGAGAUGGAAGUGAUGAGACAGCUGAGCAAUGCAGGACUCCUACUCCUCGACCAUGCACUGUUGAAGAAUACAAGUGUAGCAAUGAGAACUGCAUUGCCUUGCAGUAUGUAUGCGAUAAUCAUGAUGACUGUGGAGACCAUUCUGAUGAACUGGGCUGCAACAGUGGAACAGCACGAAAUUGCUCAGAAAAUAUAUGUGAACAGAACUGCACAGACCUCACAGAAGGCGGUGGCUUCAUCUGCUCCUGUAGACGUGGUUAUAAGCCAAUUGAGACUGACAGAAACUCUUGUGAAGAUAUUAAUGAAUGUGACAUAUUUGGAACAUGUCCCCAGUUAUGUCAAAAUUUCAAGGGAAGUUAUGAGUGUUCUUGUGCAGAGGGAUUUAGGUCUGUUGGUGAUCAACAAGGAAAGCAGUGUGCUGCCAUGGGAACACCCCCAAUUCUGCUUUUGCCUGAUAAUAUACGCAUUCGACGCUACAAUCUUUCAUCUGCAGAUUACUCUAAUUAUCUUGACAACGCUGACCAUAUCCAGGCCCUAGACUAUGAUUGGGACCCUGAAGGGCAACAGCUAAGUAUUCUGUACUGGACUGUUCGAGAACGUGGAUCAGAGUCUGGUGCCAUUAAGAGAGCCUAUAUCCCUACUUUUGAUGAUGGUAGCAGCAACCCAGUUCAGGAGGUGAACUUAAACCUGCGCUAUGUGGUAAAUCCAGAGGGAAUUGCAGUCGACUGGAUAGGAAGGCACAUUUACUGGACUGAUGCAGGAACAAACAGAAUUGAUGUUGCUAAGCUAGAUGGGAGGUACAGAAAGUGGCUUAUAUACUCUCAGCUGGACCAACCAGCAGCAAUAGUUGUGAACCCUAAACUUGGCUAUGUUUACUGGACUGACUGGGGGAGGGAGCCCAAGAUUGAGAGUGCCUGGAUGGAUGGCCAACAUAGAACAGUUCUUGUAAAGGAUGAUUUGGGAUGGCCAACAGGCUUAACCAUUGACUAUCUGAAUGCUGACAGACUCUACUGGAGUGACAUGAAGGAAAAUAUAAUCGAGUCCAUGAAACCUGAUGGGACAGACAGAAAAAUUAUUAUGACUGGAGAUAUUGGUAAUCCUUACAGUGUGGAUAUAUUUGAGGGAUACUUAUAUUGGACAACAAAGGAAAAAGGUGAAGUUUGGAAAGUAGAGAAAUUCGGUACUGGACAGAAAGUGAAAGUACUGACUGUGAAUUCAUGGUUGACACAAGCACGCAUCUAUCAUGGGCACAGAUAUUAUAAAGAACUCAACCCAUGCAAGGAUGUCUGUAGCCACCUUUGCUUAUUAAGGCCCAAUGGAUAUACUUGCGCCUGUCCUCAAGGAGGCAACUUCAUAAGUGGGAGCUUAACUGAAUGUGAUGCAGCCAUUGAACCCCCUGCAAAAAUGCCCACAGCAUGCAUAUGUAGAAAUGGAGGGACCUGCUUAUUUGAUGAAGAUGGUGUUCCAAAGUGCAACUGUCCCCAUGGCUACACUGGAAGUUUCUGUGAUAUAGGAAGGAAUCGGGGAGUAGCUCCAGGAACAGCUGUGGCAGCAAUGCUGGUAAUUAUCCUUAUAGUCAUUUUUGGAGCACUUGCUGCAGGGGCAUUCUUCAACUACAGACGGACAGGAUCAAUGUUACCAGCCUUUCCAAAGCUUCCAAGCUUGAGUGGCCUUGUGAAAUCCAGUGAAAACAGCAAUGGAGUGACAUUCAGCUCUCGGGCAAAUAUUAAUAUACCUAUUGGCUUAGAGGGUGAAUCAGCCUUUGACAGAGCUAUGCAGCUGGAAGAAGAUGUUGCUACAGAGUCAGGAAAGCAGCCAGUCAAUUUUGAGAAUCCGACUUACACAGCUGAUGGUGAACCCUGUCCACAGCCAACACAGGUUAAAGUAACAGUUGAGAAAGAAGGUGGUGCAAGUGUGUUUGAAAAUCCAACUUACCUCCUUGAAACAGCAGCUGGUAUCACUGAGCCAUCAACAAGUACAGGAGUGACACAGGAAUCAAAGUGGAGUUUUUUCAAGAGAAAACCAAAGUCAGCUGUUAAUUUUGAAAACCCUGUAUAUGCAGAGGAGAAAAAAGAGACAAAAGAACCUGAAAAUGUCUCUGCUGCUUCCUCAGCAGUACAUAUUUCUGAAAAGAAAGAACAGAUUUCAACAUAUUCACCAACAGAUGAUUCAUUUAAAGACACAGCUAAUCUUGUCAAAAAAGAAUAUGAAGUAUAACCAUACGAUGGACCUUGCAAAACACAACAGCCUUGUCUUUGCACAUAUAAUAUUUUUGUAUACUUUUAAGAACAAGAUUUGGACUUAAUUCUUUAUAAAGGUUUUACAAGUGUACCUUACAGAUCACCGGAAGAUAUGCCUUGUUGUAUGACUUCUGCCAACUUAUAUUUUUAUCAGAUUUUUUAUUACGAUGUACUAUAUGUAUAUCUUUGCACUGAACCUAUCGCAAUAUAAUGUUAUAAAUAUAUUGUAUAUUUGUAAAUUUGACAGAUUUUUCUCAGCAUUGAUACUUUCAUUUUAAAACAAUACCUUAUUUUCCUGGUAGUGUGUGCAUUUACUACUGAUUUUUAUGAAUACCUCAUAUAAUGGGAAGAACUGGAAAUGCAUUAAGAUGAGUCACUUCAACAACAGUUUCACAAAGCACACAAUUUUAUCACUUUAGAUUUCAGUAGAUUUCAAUGUUUUUGUAAGUAAAAAUCCAUAUGAUUAAGACUUCUAAUCAGAGUAUAUUUUAUGUAAAUUGCUGGACUUAAUUUCCCUCUCAUGUAUCAGCAACACACUUUGUACACUUGUGUUUUGGGACCAUUUGAUAAGGAAACUUUGACUGAAAUGUGUGCUGCUCCAACAGCCAGAUAACAUAUUUUAAUGUAUACAUGUUUGAAUUAAUCCCUGAAAAUAUGUGUUGCAUACCUGAUUUUAUUUGUAUUUUUAAGGAUGACUACUGUAGAAAGGGAAAAUGUUUUAAGCCUUAAAAGUAAAUACAGUGUUCUUGAAAUGUCUGUACAUUGUUAGAAGAAUACUGCCUCAUUGUAAAAUGAAAAUGUGAGAUUUUUAAGAAAGGCAGAUUGAAUUGUACCAUCACAUCAGAUCAGAUGAGAAGCAUCACAUGCAUAUAAACUCUUUGGUCUUGCAAAACUAUCUCAAAGAGCCAUAGGCUUAUAAAUGGUAAAUAUUUUUCAAUGAAGGUGGCUACAUGCAGCGUAAUGGUUGCUUCCCAUAAACUUUCAUGUGAUUUGGAGAGAAAAGGGUAUUUGUUCAGGCCAAGAGUUGAUGAUGGGUGAUUAGGAAGGAAGUCUGACAUUAGGAUUUGAACACCAAAGUACAAAACUCCAUAAGCAGUCACUAGGUAAUUAAUUAUAUAAAAUAUACCAAACAAAGCUACACAGUAAUGUGAAUCUUGCGCUGGAAUGGUUCAUACUUAAAUUAUUCAAAGUCUCCUGCUGGAAGAAAUUGAAGAGUAGAAAGUAUAUGCAUAUCACACAGUGCUUAUACUAAGUGGCCAGUAUUGUGUUAGAAACAGUUGAAGACUUCAGUAUGAAGGUUUGGUUGCUGUUUGCCAACUUUUAAGAAAAGGAACUUUGUCAUGGGUUUCAGUGUAGUCAUUUUCUUUAUUGUAAUAUUUCUUGGGCAUCCUAUCAAUCACUCAUUAAUGUUAAAUGAGCACCAUUAACUUCAUUUGGAGAAUAAACCAACUUUUUUUAGUUUUCAUGGCUUAGACCAUGUUUUUUAGGGAAACAAAUAUAUUUAUUGAAACAUAAGAAUGUAUCAUUACUUGGAGAUACAUUAUCUUUACCAAUCUGAGUACAAUAAAUAGUCUGUAAAACAUUAACAGAAGAGCUGAAUCAUUGAAUUUUUAGAAGUAUAUUCUUGUAAGAUAUAUAUUUUAUGGCUUAUAUAGGUUGCUGGUGCCUCUUUUUUCAUAUUUGCAGUAUAUGGAUUUGUGUGUAUUGUACUUUUGGUUGUGUAUUGGAGACUAAUGACUCCUUUAUUGUUCAUUUACUGAACUGUAAAUCAGAUUGUGUAUUUCUUGUGUGCAGAUUCUAAAUAUUUCUUGUACAUAUUUAUAUAUAAAUAUCUAUAUAUAUAUAUUUAGGAACUUGUUUAAUUAUUUGAAAUGUUUAAUUAGAUAAAGGUAAACUGGAAAUGUGAUGCUGCUGGAAAUAUC